AUGGUGGCCGGGAAUAAAUUCCUGCAGCAGUUGGUUUACAGUGGGCGCGUGAUCACGGCUGUGGCUUCAUGGAAACAAGUGCGAGAGAAAUGGUCAACAUCGAAGAAACUUUUGCUCGUAUGUCACUGCUUUUCAGCAUUCACUUCCCAAUUUUCCCUGAGCAAUCGAUUGACUGACCAUGCCAUCUCUGCAGUCAUCAUCCGCCGAGUCGUAGCUGCACGUCAACUUCACGCACAGCAGCAGCAGCAGCAGCAGCAGCGUCCGCAGCAGCUGAAGAAAUCUCCGUCAAAGCUAGGUUUGUUCCCCCAAAGACAAUCACCUACCCGACCUCAAGCAUCAUCAAGUAGUCCGCAUCUACUGUCGAAAGAGGCGGGGAGUGCUUUCGACUUUGCAGAUGGUCCUGGGGAUAAGAGAAGAAUGGGUUUCUGGGGCCGCCUGAAGUGCUGGUAG